CAAAAAUACUUUACGACGAUUAUACAUUAUAUAUCAAGUUGUAAACAAGUUUGCUAUAAAAUGGAGCUGAAGACAUCGUUUGUUACAUUCGUAAUAAUAUUCUGCUUGCCGAAAGUUGUUCCUCAGAGUUCAGAUUACAAUGAUGAGGAUUUCAACAUCAAGGCAAAGAACUGUCAGCAUGAAUAUGGUCUCACUGACGGAGAAUUUGAUGAAUUUAUGAAGAGACCAGAUCUCCCGAAGGAGGAGCCCGUUGAAUCGCGACGGUGUUUUGCUGAAUGCAUCUUGACUGUAGAAAACGUGAUGAAAGAUGGCAAAAUGGAUGAAGAUGCAAUUGUUAAAUUUGUAAAAGAAAGUAUCGAAAAACGUGGAGGAAAGCUUGAGGAAGAGAAGUUCAGAAACGGGAUUUCGGCAUGUAUUAAACAAAGUGGGACCGGAAAAUGCAUGAGUGGCUACAAUUCUUGGAUUUGUAUCAUGCGAUUUCUAACAGAAUAUCGGCAAUGAAAAUUCAGGCUCUCACAUCACAUCGCUUUUGUGGAGGCACGAAGAUAUUUCAAAUGUUUAUUGUGUACAUUCUGAUAAAUAAAGGACAAUAAAAUAUAUAAAAUAAAAUUUAA